AAGCUUCUUUGCAAACAAAUCCUGAGGCUAUACAAAAUGAUCCUUCGGAAAUUUCUAUCACAAAUAAUUUGGGCGAUUCAAUUUACCGUGGACGUGGACGUGCUUCUAUUUUUUAUGGUAGGGCUCGCGGUUGGCCAAGAGUUCGCGGUGGAGGUGCUAUUCGUUCUUAUAAACUUGAUAAUCGUUCUAGCAAAUUGCUUAUCAAAGAUUUCCCAGCUGAUUCCAUUGAAGCUUUAAAAACUUAUUUUCAACAAUUUGGUGAGAUUGAAUCUUUUGUUAAUGUUGAAGAUGAUAAAGGUGUGAUUGCACAUUUUAAAAAUAGAAAAGACGCGGAACAGGCGCUUGUGAAAGGAUCUAAUAUUCCAAAUGUUGGUGUUGUACAAAUGACAUGGCAUUCCGAAACUAAUUCAGCUGUUCAACCAGAGGUUACUAAUUCAACCACAGUUGUUGAAAAUUCUGAAUCACAACCAAUUGUCACAAAUACUGAGGUCAAAACUGAAACUACAACUUCCACUACAUUUAACGAAGCAACCACAGAAACAAAUGAGAAAAAUAAUUUUGAAAAGGAUGAUGAUGAUGAAAGAGAACAUGAAUUGUCUUCUGCUGUACAACUUAUCAAUCCUAAAUCUGAAGUGGCAAGAAGAGGUCAAGCUCUUCAGAUUAAUAUUACGGGUGCAAUUGGUUUACAAGAUGUACUUAAAUCUAACCUUGGUCCAAAAGGAACAAUAAAAAUGUUGGUUGAUGGUGCAGGGAAUAUCAAAAUCACCAAAGAUGGUAAAGUUCUUUUAAGUGAAAUGCAAAUACAAAAUCCUACAGCAGCUAUGAUUGCCCGAGCUGCUACAGCACAAGAUGAAAUCACAGGGGAUGGAACCACAUCUAUAGUUUUAUUGGUUGGUGAAUUAAUGAAACAAGCUGAAAGAUACAUUUCAGAAGGAUUACAUCCUAGAGUUGUUACAGAAGUUACAAAAUCAAUUGAUCGAGAAUUACUUGUUAAUGUCGCUCGUAGUUCUUUAAGGACAAAAGUUCAAAGCACUCUUGCUGAUAAAUUGACAGAGGCUGUUGUUGAUGCUGUUUUGGCCAUUAAACGUGACAAUCAGCCAAUUGAUUUACACAUGGUAGAGGUUAUGAAAAUGCAACAUAAGACUGCAACUGAUUCACGUUUGAUCCGUGGUCUGGUAUUAGAUCAUGGAGCUCGUCAUCCAGAUAUGCCAAGACGUGUAGAAGAUGCUUAUAUAUUGACAUUAAAUGUGUCCUUAGAAUAUGAGAAAAGUGAAAUCAAUUCAGGAUUUUUUUAUUCAAGUGCUGAUCAACGUGAAAAACUUGUUGAAUCAGAAAGAAAAUUUACUGAUGAGAAAGUUAAAAAGAUUGUAGAAUUAAAGAAACAAGUUUGUGGUGAUUCGAAAAAAGGUUUUGUUGUUAUUAAUCAAAAAGGAAUAGACCCUUUAUCAUUGGAUCUACUUUGUAAAAAUGGCAUUUUAGCAUUAAGAAGAGCAAAAAGAAGAAACAUGGAAAGAUUACAACUUGUAUGUGGUGGUGUCGCACAAAAUUCAGUCGAUGAUUUGACUCCUGAUGUUCUUGGACAUGCUGGACUUAUAUAUGAGCACACAUUAGGAGAAGAAAAAUAUACUUUUGUUGAAGAUGUAAAAGAUCCUAAAUCCGUUACCAUCUUAAUUAAAGGACCUAAUGCACACACUAUAACUCAAAUUAAUGAUGCAGUUCGUGAUGGAUUACGUGCUGUCAAGAAUGCUAUUGAAGAUGAUAGUGUGGUCCCAGGAGCUGGAGCUUUUCAAGUUGCAUUAUCAGCACAUUUAACAAAAUUCAAAGAUUCAGUUAAAGGCAGAGCCAAAAUGGGGGUUCAAGCUUUUGCUGAUGCAAUGUUGAUAAUUCCAAAGGUUUUAGCACAAAACGGUGGUUUUGAUGCUCAAGACAUUAUUGUUUCUUUACAAGAGGAAUAUGCUUCCGGCCAUGUUGUUGGCGUAGAUUUAAAUACAGGAGAAACACUUGAUCCUGAGGAAUAUGCUUCCGGCCAUGUUGUUGGCGUAGAUUUAAAUACAGGAGAAACACUUGAUCCUGUUCAAGAAGGUAUUUGGGACAAUUAUAGAGUCAUUCGUCACAUGUUACACUCAUGUUCUGUAAUUGCUAGUAACUUUUUGUUGGUAGAUGAAAUGAUGAGAGCUGGUAGAUCAAGUUUGAAAAAUGAUAAUAUUGCAAAUUAA